AUGACUGACGAGUAUAAAACAUUCAAUCUUGGGGAUUGGCAGCUACAGAGUGGUGAGCAAAUCAAAAAUGCUCACAUCGCUUACCAGACUUUUGGCGACCCCAAAUCUCCUGCAAUUGUCUAUCCAACUUGGUUCUCAGGAGGUGAGAAUAGUCCCGUUCCUGGGAUUACUUAUCGAAGAGAAGACAAGCUCCUGAACCCGAAAAAGUUCUAUAUUAUAGUUCCUGCAUUGUUCGGAAAUGGGCAGUCUUCCUCUCCUUCGAAUCAACGUACCCCCGGCCCAUUUCCCACAGUCUCGUUCUACGAUAACGUCAGAGCGCAGCACGAGCUUGUCACAAAGCACAUGGGAAUCACCCACCUGCGCGCUGUCGUAGGUUGGUCCAUGGGCGGAGCCCAGACCUAUCAAUGGGCAACACAAUACCCCGACUUUAUGGAUAUCGCAGUGCCUUUCUGUACUUCAGCCAAGACAUCGCUGCAUAACCAAGUCUUCCUUGAAGGCGUCAAGAGUUCGCUUAUUGCAGUGAAGAAAAGUCGAUCUGCGGGGUCUGGGAAAAUUGGAUUGAACAGGGAGACUGCGGAGUCUCAUUCCUGGACGGAAGAAGAGAAAGAUGUUGGCUUGAAGGCGUUGGGUCGUGUUUAUGCGGGAUGGGGCUUCAGUCAGGCGUUCUAUCGACACAAGCUGUAUGAAACCGUGCUAGGGUUCAAGGGACUGGAAGACUUUAUGGUCAAUUUCUGGGAGAAAUGGGCUUGCUCCAAAGAUCCCGAGAAUCUUCUGGUUCUGCUGCAAACUUGGCAGAAUGGAGAUGUCUCUCAGCAAGAGUCGUACAACGGAGACUUUGAGAAAGCAAUGGCGUCCAUUAAGGCCAAAACGCUCGUUCUUCCGGCAAAGACUGAUCUAUACUUUCCGCCGGAGGACUCGGAAUAUGAGGUUUCAUGCAUGAAGCCUGGCGUUGGGACACUGGAUAUAUUUCCCUCGAUAUGGGGACAUUGGGCAGGUGGCCCCGGUGAUAGCAAGGAGGAUGUUAAGUGGCUUGAUGACAAGCUCACUCGUUUCUUUGAAAUCAACCAGGGCGAUGAGGUGAUGAGUUUAGCUGACAAGCUCCAAAGUACACUUGAGUGA